GCUUCGUCCCACCGCUGUCCCACCUCCUUCAGUCUCUCCUGCUGGACCACAACACGGUGUCCCUGAGGCCUGAUCAAAGCUGAAGGCUUUACUUAAAUCACUCUAAUACCCAUGCUUAAUUGACAGACACCGAAAAGAUAAAGCGGCUUUGAAGCUUGACUACUCAUUGACACGCUUCCCUUCGUCACGAUAUAGUGCUACAAUUCCAAUCACGAACGGCAUUCGUCGUCGUGAUUGCAACCGUAGCAUCAUGCCAUGGUGUAAGCAUCUGUUAUGUUCCUCGUCUGAUCUAUUGGUUCUGCACUAGACAUCUGGGCUACAGGUUAUAUUCAUGGCUUGGUACAUCACGUAUGUCACAUUGUUCCGAAGAGUUCGCACUGACAAUUUAUGCACCAAACCUACUCUCUGUCCCUUUUGCAGUCUCACAAAGGUUAUAAGCUUGCAGUUUGAAAGUUUGUGAGGAAAGAUGGAUAAUCUUUCGAGUCAUUCAUGCCAAGCGCGCGGCACCGAGGGCAUUCAUAAACGCAAAGCAGAUCGUCCACCUAACACUAACUCGCCAACAUGUCAGACUAUCAGUUAGUAAACUUCACUAAUCCAGAUGACUUCGUCGAGGCUACCAAGAAGUAUGACGAUUGCUGGAUGAACUUCGCAUUUGGUGCUCUCAUGGAUAGCUUGGACGCGAGUCAGGCUGAGGGUCAGCGGAGAUGGGGUCCUCAAGAGAGGACGUUAGUCGCUGUAUAUAAGGGGGACAGCUUGUUGGUCACAUUGACGAAGAUUGCAAAAGACUUCUCUUGGGUCCUCUCACAUCCUCGAGAUGCUAUCAUCUCCGAAGAUGAGUUCCCAUCAAUCGCUCAGCUUCUCGCGACUUCACUUCCAUCCAUUCUUUCACCCACCACCCCACCCUCCUCAUCCGAUCUACUCAAACUUGAUAAAGUAAUAGGCCCCGAAUCACUCGUAGACACUUUCCUGAACACCUGGGUCUCUCAUCUCCCUUCACUCAACCCACCUAUUCACCUCCAGCUCAUAGACCCACCAUAUUUCCAAAGCAGGUUUUCCUAUGCAACUAUUGAAACUGUCCCGCCGCCCUCACCUGCCUUCUCAUCAGAGAAGUAUGAUAUCGCAUUGGCGAGUACUGAAGAAGACGCGUUGGAACUCGCGUCUUUCUACGUAGAAUUCAAGGCGAGAGGUCCGCUACCAGCCACCCAUGAAGAGGGUCUCGCGAUUAUGAAAGACGCAAUCAAAGGGAAGCGUUUAUGGUGUUGCCGACUUAAGGACUCUUUGGAGCCAUCUGCUAUCUUUCCUGAACAUAAAGAUGCAGGUAUUACUAGGAUUACCGCAAGCGCGAAUUCAAGUGCUAUCGCUGGAUAUGUCAUGGUCGGCAGAGAAACUCCACGUACGAUCGCUGUCCGGAACGUCUAUGUCUCGCCUACAUUCCGUAGGAAGGGGGUCGCAGAAGCCUUGGUCCGUGCUGUGACGAGGUAUUACCUUGAUGCGCAACCUCUUGGGUUUAACAUCCGAGGAAUCCAAGGACACACGAAGGACGAUGCCGAAGAAGGGAAACUAGUUGAAGGUGUCAUCAGAAAGCAAGAAGUGUGUCUGAAUGUGGUGGACGAAGGAGCGAAGAGGUUGUAUAUUCGGUGCGGCUUCUUGUUGGAUGAUAAUGCGAGGGACCCGAAGUCGGGUAGGUCGGGAUACUUCCCGAGUAUCUGGAGGGGUGUGAAGCCUAUUCGGGAGAACUAGACGAAAGAGAGGGCGUUAAUAGGACUGCCAGCGACGAAUAUGUCUUGCUACGGUGAGUGCAUAGCUGAUAUGGCUGCAUCGACCAGUUUCGCCAUGUCAACUGUAGAUCGUUCGUCGUCUUCAACGACUCUGACAUUUGAUACACCCCAAUGCAUCAGUGCAAGUGAGUAGACGCCAUGUGGGGCUGGAGCAGGAAUUCGUAUUGGCAAGUACAUUACCGCACGGACUCGUCUGCGCCUGUUGGUAUUUGGCCAUAUCGCAUCAUAGGCUUGUCUCAGUAGCCCCUUCAAUGGUUGGGUCGGGAGAGAAGAGGAACUGACUGCGCGUCCAAUGUUUUCUUCAUCUCGCCGUCAAACGACGGCUAGUAUUCUCCAUCGCCCAGUGACCUCAAACACGUCGAAAUGUCGGCCGUCCCUAGCAGCUUGAACCUUACCAUUUAUUUUCAACAG